AUGAACGCCGGAGCCACCGUCAUCCGAUCCAUCCUCGAUAAACCUCUCAACCAGCUCACCGAAGAUGACAUUUCUCAACUCACUCGCGAAGACUGUCGCAGAUUCCUCAAAGAUAAAGGGAUGCGCAGGCCUUCCUGGAACAAAUCUCAGGCGAUCCAGCAAGUUAUUUCUCUCAAAGCGCUUCUUGAACCUACCGACGAUGAUUCUCCUGCACCUGUUACCUCCGCCAUACACCACCAUCAUCACCACCACCACCACCCUCAGCCUCCUCAAGGAAAUUUGAGUGAAGCUCUGGUGAAGAGCCCGGAUCGCGAUGAGAGCGGUGUUCGGGCUGUGGAAGAUGUUCAGAAAUCUAUUUCACCUGCUGCAGAAAAACCUACCGAAACAAAUGAUGUCCGUGCCGGAGGGUGCGCGCCAAGUGGGUCAUUUGGGCAAAUGACAAUUUUCUACUGUGGUAAGGUGAAUGUCUAUGAUGGAGUCUCACCGGAUAAGGCACAUUCAAUCAUGCAACUUGCUGCAAGUCCGUCCCUGUUUACUCAAGACAAUCCUUUAAAUAAGAAUGCAGCAAUUUGGGCUUCUUCUUGCAACAUUCCGAUUGAUAAGGAUGUCCUCUUCCCCACUAACACAGCAAUCCUUCAAGUUUCUUCUCAAACAGAUAAGAUGGUGGAAUAUCCUCUGCAAUACAGGGAGAAAGGGAGCACACCUCGAGAUACUGAUGUAGAGGGUCAGGCAAGCAGAAAAGUGUCUCUGCAGCGAUAUCUUGAAAAGCGAAAGGACAGGGGAAGACCGAAGGGAAAGAAACUGACUGGCAUAACUUCAUCUAACUUUGAGAUGUAUUUGAAUCUUCCAGUGAAGGUCCACGCCUCAAAUGGGAACUCAAGCCGUAGUAGCACUGACUCUCCACCACAGACUAGACUGCCUCUAGUUUCCAGUGGCUCAGCUGACAACCAGCCAAAAGUUACCCUUCCUAUUGAUCUGAAUGAUAAAGAUGUUCCAGAAUGCUAA